AUGACAGUAGAGACCACCCAAAGGACAUUUGACUAUGUACUGGUGGCCGACAAAACUGAUGAUGACGAUGACCCAAAGACUCGGAAGCGGAAAGCCUUCAUCCAGGUCCUAGAACAGAAAAAUAUUGAAGUCACUACAAUCGAAAAUGAUGACGAGCUGUUUUUCGGCCUACGUGCACCCAGGGAAAUAUUUGAAGACUACACGUACCUGCUCAAAGUCUCUGAUUCCUGUAACUGGACUGGAGAUGAAAAGAGUAAUAUUCCUCAAGCUACAAGGAUCCGAAUUGUCGAUUUAAUUCUUAGAAAUACCUUCAUCAGCACAGGAGAGAACCUGCAUGAACUGAUGGAGAAGGGUGUGUUUGACACUAAGUUCUGCCUCCAUGAGAGGAAAGAGCAGAAGAAGCUGACCGAGAAGUGGGCUCGAUGGUCGGCUCUGUUUAAACCUCAGCCAUUCAGUGAUGUCAAGUGUUACUUUGGGGAGAAGGUUGGUCUGUACUACCUGUGGCUGGGCUGGUACACCAAGAUGCUGAUACCAGCUGCUGCACUGGGUAUUGUAGUGUUCCUGUAUGGGCUGGCCUUUUUCAAAUCAAAUCCUCUCAUUAAGGAAGUAUGUGAAUCCAACAUCACUAUGUGUCCUCGCUGUGACAAGAGGUGUACAGUGUGGAAGCUGUCAGACACUUGCACUUAUGCUAAGGUCAGCCAUCUGUUUGACAAUGAGGGAACUGUGUUUUUUGCUAUGUUUAUGGCAAUCUGGGCUACUCUGUUCCUGGAGUUGUGGAAGAGAACCAGGGCCAAAUAUGUUUCCAAGUGGAAGGUGUACGACUGGUGUGAAGAGGAGGAAGAACUGAUUCUGGAUAUAAUGAGUGAUCCAAAUUGUCAAGCCAAACAGUUCAGACACUCAUACUUCCGCAGCGCUUUGGUCCUCAUACUGGUUACACUUAUGCUGAUGCUGAUCAUCGGUCUCGCUCAUGCCCUGGUGGUCUUUCGAGUGGUGGCGGCACCCUUAUUGUCUGAGGGCAAAUCGGAAUUUAUCAAAGACCAUGCCAACAUUGUGGCUUUGAUAAUGGGAGCAAUCCUGCACUACUUCACCAUUCAGAUCAUGACCCGGGUAAACAGAUGGGUGUCCUUCAAGCUGUGUCAAAUAGAGGAGACAAAUUCAUUCGCUGCCACAGAAAGAAGCUUUACAAUCAAAAUGUUCACCUUCCAGUUCUUCACUCUCUUCUCCUCACUCUUCUAUGUGGCCUUCUUCCUGGGCAGGAUAAAUGGCCAUCCAGGAAACUAUGUGCGUAUAGCCGGGUGGAGACUGGAGGAGUGCCACCCUAGUGGUUGUUUGACAGACCUCUUUAUCCAGAUGGCUAUUAUCAUGAUACUCAAACAGACACUCAACAACAUCUUUGAGUUCACUGUACCCUGGCUGAAGAAGUGUGUCAGGAGAAACAGUGCAAAGAAGCUGCAGAGGAAGUGUGGUCAUUGUUACAGGAAGACCUCCAGAGAUGAGGAUAGACUUGUUGAACUGUGCGACAAUUGCAAACUUCAUGACUGGCUAUAUAACUAUCACCUGGCCCCCACUAAUGCUUUCAGCCUAUUUAAUGAGUUCCUGGAGAUGGUGGUCCAGUUCAGUUUCACCACCAUAUUUGUGGCGGCAUUCCCUCUGGCCCCCCUGCUGGCUCUCAUCAACAACAUCUUUGAGAUCCGCCUGGACGCCAUUAAGAUGGUCCACUUGGAACGCCGGGUGGUUCCCAGGAAAACCAAUGACAUUGGUGUAUGGACAAAGGUUUUGGAGGCCAUCGGUGUGUUGGCAGUGAUAGCCAACGGCCUGGUCAUCGGGGUCUCGUCAGACUUCAUUCCACGCCUUGUCUACCGCUACCACUACGGACCCUGUGCUAAUGGAAUCACAAACACACACUGUAUGGAGGGCUACAUUAAUGACACUCUGUCCAUGGCCUACAUGUCACAUGAAGCAGUUAAGGAGGACUUUGGUGAUUGGCAGAUGAGGCUCGACAACAAAAUUAACGUCACAGAGUGCAGCUAUAGAGACUACAGGACCAAUGAGGACUACUCUCUGACCUCUCAGUUCUGGUUGGUCUUGGCUGUGCGCUUUGCCUUCGUCAUUCUGUUUGAGCACGUUGUGGUGGUGUGUAAGUUUAUAGCCGCCUGGUUCGUCCCCGACAAUCCAAUGAAGGUGAAGAAUGAUCGGCUGGAUGACAAAUUGUCACGGCUGAAGGAGGAGCUACGGUAA